GGCCACCGGCCCACCGCGCGCCACGGCCCAUCGCUCCCCGCCCCCUGAUUCAUCCGAACCCGCCGCGGCGGCGCCGGCGCCGGCACCGUGUCGCCGCUGUCGCACACCCUGCUCCCAGCCCCAUGUCCCUUACUCAUCACCUGCUCGCCGGCGACCUCAACGCCCUCCGCAGGGCCGCCUGCCCGUCCUCGGCGCUCCAUCUCUACUCCCUCCUCCGCCUCCGUCUCCGCCCCUCGGACCCAUCCUACUUCGCCUGGCGCGCCGCCGUGCUCACUCUCAAGCCGCUCUCCGCCGCCUCCUCACUCCCGCUCCUCUCCCACUUCCAUGGGCACCUACUCAGGUCCAACCUCGUUGCCUACCCCCACGUCGCCUCCUCGCUCCUCCGCUCCUACUCGCUCCUCUCCCCGUCCGCCGCCCACCAACUGUUCGAUCAAAUACCCCCCGCCACAUGCAACAUCUACGUCCACAACAUCAUGCUCGCGUCACUGUGCCGCUCCUCCGACCUCGAUUCCGCGCGCGCAUUCUUCGAUGAUAUCCCCGACAAGGACGCCGUGUCUUGCUCGACCAUGCUCGCUUGCUAUUUCUCGCGUGGUCGCCUCGCCGACGGGUUUGCUCUCUUCCAUUCGGUGGCAUUUAGCACCGAUACUGCUGUGGUGGAUUGUAUCAUGCUCACUACCCUCCUCACAGCCUGCACUUCAGCUGGCUUGCUGCCGCCGUUCUGCAGAUCCAUUCACGGUUAUGUUGUACGCUGCGCGCUGCCUGCCAGUAUGCACCUCGGGACAGCGCUCAUUGAUUGCUAUGCCAAGGCCGGCCGCCUUGACUAUGCCACCCGUGUGUUUUAUCAGGUGCCUAAUAGGAAUAUUAUGCACUGGACAGCUAUGAUCUGUGGUAUGGCUUCACAUUUGCGCAACAAGGAGGCUGUUCAGCUAUUUGAGGAAAUGUGUCAAAGAAGAGUGCAACCAAAUGAGAUGACAUUUACAGCUGUGCUCAGCGCAUGUGUGAAUGCUGGGCUGGUGGAGAAAGGGAGGGAGUUCUUUAAGCUUAUGGUUGACAGGUAUUGCCUUGAGCCAAAUAUACAUCACUAUGGGUGCAUGGUUGAUCUCUAUGGGAAGGCGGGGCUAUUGGAGGAUGCUUAUGAUGUUAUAAAAACCAUGAAAGUUGAACCAAAUGUCGUCAUCUGGACAUCAUUUCUGGCAGCAUGCAAGAAGUUAAAGAAUGUUGAGAUUGCCAUCGAGGGAAUGGAGAAAGCAUUAGCCCUGGAGAUAUCUGAUGAAAACGCUGGAUUAUAUAUGUUGAUAUCUGACCUUUAUGCUAUGGGUGGGCGGUGGGAUGAUAUGAUGAAGGUUAGGAGGUUGAUGGAUGAGCGUAAUGUGCGGAAGGACAGAGGUUUGAGUUCUAUUAAGGCGGACGAUUUACCAUCUGCUGCUGUCAGUUGAUUCUUGGCUUGGUUUUGUGCCUCCAAAUUUUUUGGCGGAAUGGUGGACGCUAGAUUCUUUGGUUCGUCUCAUCGUGGAAGUAUUUAGAGGAUAGGUUUACUUGUUGUCUGAUGUAAUCCAAAAGAGAAAAUCACCAGAUAAAUACAAAUUGCCACUCACAUCUUUGAGGUAAUGGAUUGUAGUUGGUAUGGUCCAGUGGGAUGGCAUGGCACACUGAAACAUUGGAAGAAGUAUCUACUGUAGGUUAUAUAGACGAUUUGUGUGCAUAUAUGAAUACAAGAUCAAGAGUUUAUUUAAGCAAGCCAUACUCAUUGCUGAAUUCCUUGGCUUUUGGAUGAAUGUGAAUGCAUUUCUGCACUCGUAGUUAUGUGA